CCAACUAGAGACUAUAAAACUACAUUCUCUCUCCUCAUUCCCUCUCCCCUUUCCAGUUCUCCUCCCAUGUUCUUCUCCUCCAAAAUUCUCAAACAAAAAUUCCAUUACAAUUCAACCCAAAUUUGGAUUCAAAUUAUUAUCAAAUCAAAUCCCAGAGAUGGCUCGAAGACAUUCCCUUCAAAUCCUAAAUAAACUCAAAUCCCACCCUGUUUUCCGAUGCUGCACUCGAUCGGUAACCUACAUGCCCCGCCCAGGUGACGGCGCAACACGGACUGUCACGCUAAUCCCAGGUGACGGUAUCGGUCCUUUGGUCACGGGCGCAGUAGAGCAAGUUAUGGAUGCAAUGCACGCGCCUAUUGUUUUCGAGAAGUACGAGGUUCAUGGCGAUAUGAAAAGGAUUCCAGCAGGUGUUCUGGAAUCAAUCCGUGAAAACAAGGUUUGUAUUAAGGGUGGGUUAAUGACACCUGUCGGUGGUGGGGUCAGUUCGUUAAAUGUGCAACUGAGGAAGGAGCUUGAUCUUUAUGCUUCAUUGGUUCAUUGUUUUAAUGUCAAAGGGCUUCAAACGAGGCAUGAUAAUGUUGAUAUUGUUGUUAUUCGAGAGAAUUCUGAAGGUGAGUAUGCUGGAUUGGAACAUGAGGUUGUUCCUGGUGUUGUUGAAAGCCUCAAGGUGAUAACAAAGUUCUGCUCAGAACGUAUUGCAAAAUAUGCAUUUGAAUAUGCUUACUUGAACAACAGAAAGAAAGUGACUGCUGUGCAUAAAGCCAACAUCAUGAAACUUGCAGAUGGGCUUUUCUUAGAAUCUUGCCGGGAGAUUGCAGCACAGUACCCUACCAUUGAGUAUAACGAGAUCAUCGUGGAUAACUGCUGCAUGCAGCUUGUAUCCAAGCCUGAACAAUUUGAUGUCAUGGUUACACCUAAUUUAUAUGGUAAUCUCGUGUCUAAUGUUGCUGCUGGUAUCGCUGGAGGAACUGGGGUCAUGCCAGGCGGUAAUGUUGGUACUGAGCAUGCUGUGUUCGAGCAAGGUGCUUCAGCGGGAAAUGUAGGGAAGUCUGAAUUGGUGGAGCAGAAGAAAGCAAAUCCUGUUGCUCUGCUUCUUUCUUCAGCUAUGAUGUUGAGGCAUCUUCAGUUUCCUUCAUUUGCAGACCGACUAGAGACUGCUGUGCAGCGUGUAAUCGAAGAGGGCAAGUACAGAACCAAGGAUCUCGGUGGUAAUAGUACUACUCAACAAGUUGUUGAUGCCGUUUUAGCCAAUCUGGAUUCAUGAUUUAUUUCACAUUUCUUACCAUACUGCACAUUGUUUUGGUCGUCUCCUCGCAACACACCGAGUGAUUCUUUAGGGAAGCUAAUUCUCUCCCUCGCAUAUUUUCCCUUUAUCAAAUUUUUUCUACUUCAUCAGCAGCUCAAGUUUUGGUACUCUUAGGUUUGAGGAUUCUUUGUACCAGUUGGUCCAGAUUUUUGUUACCUGUACACUGAAAUUACUUCAAUAAUAAAUUAUAGUUUUCCAAAUAA